AUGCCUAUUUCCGGACACUGCCUCUGCAAGGCCACCACCUACACGGUGGACAUGGAGGCACCUCUCCUUGUCGGCUACGAUCACUGCGACGACUGCCAACGCCAGAGCGGUUCGACCUACUCCCUUGUCGCUGUCGUUCUCAAGGACAAGCUCACCAUCAACGGCCCCGUCAAGACCUACUCCGGCUCCAAGGGCUCCUCCGGAAAGGUUGUCCACCGUCUCUUCUGCUCCGAGUGCGGCUCCCCCAUCGCACACGACCCCGAUGCCGCCCCCGAGAUCAUCGCCCUCAAGGCCGGUACUCUCGAGACUGAGCUGAAGAAGAACCUCAAGCCUGAUACCGAGAUCUGGACCGUCAGCAAGCUCCCCUUCUGCCAGGAGCACCUGGCCAAGCCCUUCACCCACAUGCCCGAGUAA